AUGUAUUUUUCUGAUAUUAAAACUGAUACGUUUUUGGCUUAUUUCUUACCAAUGUUUUUAACUGUAAUAGUCUAUUUAUUUAACUUAGUUCAUAUGAAGCUUGAUUAUGAAAUUGAUGCUAAUCCAAAAAGAGAAAAAGACUCAGACGAAGAUAGUAAUACUUCAGAAGAUACUAAUGAACUAAAGUUGGAAUCUUCUUCAAUGUAUUAUACUAAAAUCAAUUCAUUACCAGAUAUUCAUAUGUACGUUUCAUUUUCAGAUAUUAUUAGUGUAUUAAAAUCAAAUUGGAUUUGUCUUCUUUGUUCAAUAAUUUUGUCAAUUGUUACAUUUACGCUCUUCCCAUCACUUUUAGUUGAAACUUCAUACACUAAUAAUAGUAAUGAAAAUACUGAUAUUUGUCUCAACAUUAUUCUAAUUUUUUGGUCUUCUGAUUUAAUAUUCAGAUUUAUUGGAUUUAUUGAUGUCAAGUGGAGUAAUUGGACAUUAUACAUUACAACAUUAUUUAGAAUUAUAUUACUCAUUCCAAUACUGAACAAUUAUUUAUCAAAUGAGUUUAUCUCGAAAAUAGAAUCAUUUUUAAUUACAUUUAUUUUAGCAUCAACAAAUGGAUAUUUAUCAACUGUGAUAAUGCAAAAUAUAUCAAAGAAAACAGAAAAACAGAAGGCCUUAAUUACAAGCAAUGUUAUCUUUUUAUCUUUAAACAUCGGAAAGUGUAUGGGGUCUGUUGCUUCUCUUAUAGUAUAUGAGUUGUUGGGUUAA